AUGUAUAGUCGGAUUGGGUUUUUCCGUGCCGCUUUUCCGCGUAACGUGUGUGCUUUGCACCAGAAUAUUAAGCCUCAUUCAAAACUACUAAUUAAAAGUGCGUCUCAAGUGGAGGUUUCGCGUCUUCUAGAAUGUGGGGCUGAAAGCAGCUUCGUUGUAAUACCUGACUCUCCUGUGUUUCGAGUUGAUAACGGUUGCGAAAUCGUCCAAACAGUCGAACUGGAUCCUCGAAAAGGGGGUGUUAAUAAAAUACAAAUUCCUGCUAGACGGAUAGCUAUUGAAAUAGAGCAUAACAGCUCUGAUCCGAUUUCCUUUGUCAACUACGAGGGUCCACAGGCCAUGAUAAGAUCAAUCGGUCCUGUCAAUUAUGCAAAACUGAGAGUUUCGGAUUUUUCCAUCAAAUCGGGUGGAAACGUUGUUGGUUCGGGGUAUCUGGAGGGAAACUUCGAUCUGUCCUUCAAAGCUGAUAACAUCACUGGUUCGUCAAUCGGAAUCGCUUUCGGCGGGACCAACUUUGCUGUUCAUUCUGCCUACUGUGAAACACUGAAUCUCAACUGGAUUACUCCAGAAGAACCUCCAGACGGGGUCACCCCAGUUGAAUUGCCUCCGCUCAGCGUCUACUUCGGGACAUUGCGUGGCUAUGCCACAAUUGAAAUCGCUGGCGAUGCCAACCUCAACAUUGGCAGUUUUGAGGGCUCUCUCUACUUGCGUCAGCGAUUUGGCAACGUUGCUGUACAUAUAGGCGGUCCAUGCCCACUUCUAGAAAUCGAUGUCGCUGAAGGCAACGUAGAACUAAGCCUUCCACUAUCCACUGUUGGUGGAGAGGUUUCCGGCGUCAUAGAGAUUCAGGCGCCUGAAAUCGAUGUCGACCGAGAUGCUCUUCCCGCCGAUUGCCUUGAUAACUGGGAUCUUGGCGAGGUUGCUGAGGCGCAUACUUUCUACGCUAACUUUAACAAACCCGAAACGAAUUGCGAGACCCUCUGGAGAGUGCGCACUUUACGCGGACGCGUUAAACUGACCGGCGCUUCAUGGGCAGAUGCGAUGGCCCGAUGCAUCGAGCGCACCACUGCAACCAUGACCUAG